GAAAGCUUCCUAAUUCAUUUAAUCAAUAGCUUUGUCCAACGGGGCCUGUCAUCGCGUCGCCCUCACAAAGCUAGGUAGCUCUAUAACUCAUAAGGCUACCUAAGAUAGCUUUGUGAAGGCGUUACAUUUCUGACUAGCCGACAGUGUGUCAUUUCAAUCAAAGCAGUGAAUACCUCCUGCUCCAACUGAUACCCUCGCCAGCCAACACCCCCUCCAUCUCCCCCCUUGCAAGUAUCACUUUACUUUGAUUUUGCGCGGUCGAGAACCUAUUUCAAAAUAUCUAUCGGGGCACAAACCAUAGUGCAUGCCACCUCGGAAGCAUCAAAAGUACCAGAUACCAAGCACACCCGCCCUCCCUUUGCAAUGGACCUUACGGUUCUUUACGUAGUUGAUAGCCCCUUUCAAACAAUACUGCGGGGCCAAUACCUUGGUGUAUCCAUGUCGGUACCUGCCACUACCGAUAGGACCAGAACUACUAAUUACCAAGAAAUCCAAACUACCUUAGGUACCUACGAAUCCCAUCAGCUCUGCGGCAAUGGACCUUCUCCUGCAAUAUGUCUCUUCUCUUUUUAUGUAAGCCGGAUGGCCCUAAUCUUGACGCCAAAGUGGCCCGGUGCCUUCCUUUUAGUAUUUACGGCAUACAUGCAAAGAGCGAGCGUCAUGUAGACAUGUGCCUGCUCUGUUUAUCGGAGCUUUUAUUUUGUUUUAUUAUUAAUCACAAAUUAGCCGGUUCGUUCAAAGUUCAAUUCUAUCUACUUGUAGUUGAAAAAGGUACUCACCUACCUGCUUGCCCACCUGCUUUUCAACUGACCCAGCCGCUACAGCUGCUACAGCCGCACUCUUCCGUCCAGGAGCUUCAGCAGCUGUUCCAGCAACUACAGCCGCUAAAUUUAUAUCAGGAGGCUCGGCCGCUACCCCCGCAGGGAUGUACUAGGACUGAUCAAAAGCGUUUUGGGCCAAGACAGUAG